AGCAACUGAGAAGUGCCUGGGUAGAGAGGGAUCAGCAAGGUAACGCGAGCAAACCCCUGCCUCCCUGUCCCCAGCCCAAGCCUCCGAGGAGGCGGGUGUGCGUGGGACUCGGAGCGGGUCUCACUUGCGUGUGUACCCCACCCACCCACACCCACGAUCCUUAGCCAGCCCCAGUGUCCAUCUCACCCACCUAUAAGCCCACACACCCGGUGCAAAGGUCCAGCAGUGACGACGAAAGACAACAGCAGUCCAGGGCAAUUCUGCAGAAGGAAGCCGGAGCCCGGGGUGGCGAGGCUCUUGAAGACCCCCUUCCUUGGGGCCUGGCCAGAUCUCACCCUCACUUUGUAGGACACUGCCUUUUGGCCCUCUGAGGGAUCCCUGAACCAUGAGCCAGACCCUCUACACCAAAGAAGACCCUCUGAACCUGGGAGGAGGCUGGACCCAGGCUGCAGCUCAGGCGUCUUCCAGCUCGUCUUCCUGCCCCCGCAGGCGCAGGGGCGCCCCCGUUUUUAAGAGGCGCUACCACUGUGCCUCUAAGGCCAAGCGUGAGCCCCCGAGGAAACACCCGCAGCCGCAGUACGGCCAUGGCCCUUGGUUCCAACCUGCCCCCAGGUCCUCUUGGUCCAUGCACCCUCCCUGGGGGCCCUGGGGUGGGCCGUGCCACCCAGCGUCCAUGGGAUUCUGGAAUCCCCCCAGCCCGGUGCAGGUGGUCUGGGUGUACGGUCUGCACCCGGUCUGCCACCUCUGCUGCUGCUGCUCUUGCAUGCACGGGUCCUGCAACCCUGGCUGGGUGAGCCCCCCAGGCAUAAAGAAGCGCUGGGGCCGCUGGGGCCGUAGGGGCCGCCAGCCUCGCCGCACCUCGAAGAAGAACCCGCAGGUGGAUCUGAGCACCCUGCUCCGCCCGGUCAACCUGUACGGCUGGCGAGCUCCCGGCAUGCGGGCGCCACGCAACACCACGCAGUUCAUCAUGAACCAGAUCUACGAGGACAUGCGGCAGCAAGAGAAGCUGGAGCGCCAGCAGGAGGCGCUGCAGGAGCAGCAGGCCCAGGAGGGUGGCGAGGUGGCUCAGACCCACGUGUCCCCCAGAGGCGGGGAGGAGGAACUGCAGGAAACACUUUACAACUUCAUGCAAGAUCCCUCCCUUCUCUUCAGCCAGGGCCCAGAGGAGCAGGAAGAAAAUAAGUCUCCCAACCUGCAGAUGGGGGAGGAGGAGGGAGAGAAAAACCACAAGGAAGUGUUGGAGGAGGAGGAGGAAGAAGAGGAGGAAGAGGAAGAAGAGGAAGAAGAAGAGGAGGAGGAGGAGGGGAGCGAGGCUCACUAUGAAGAGGAGGUAGAGGAGGCUGGCAAUAUGUUGGAGGGGGAGAAAGAGGAAAAGAUUGGAGAGGACCAGAUGGAAGAGGAGCAGAGAGCGGAAGAGAACCAUCUCCCGCUGGAGAUGCCUUUGUCAUUCCUGCUUGGGGCUGAAGAAGAGAGAGAGUGCUUCAUGGACUGUUCUUAUUUAAACCCGGAAGAGAUCAUGCCCAAUGUGUCUCAGGAUGCCCUCCUCAUGGUCCAGGACAUUAACUGUUAAGACCCCAGGCAAGGGAUUGUGGAAUGGGAUGGAACUGAUUUGAGGUUAAAAUAAAUGACCAACUUCCUAAAAAAAAAAAAUUUAAAAAAAAUAAAUAACCCUGAAAAGUGAGUUCCAUCAGUAGAACAGAUCUAUGUAUCCCUCUUCUUUGGCCAUUAUAAAAUUUUGAAACAUUGAUGUGUGUGUUUGUGACUCUAGGUGGGGCAGGAACUCUCCAUUUCAUAUAUAUAUGAGUUUCACUGGGAAUGACUAAAGGCAGCUAGCGUUUAACUACAUUUUGAAUAUUAUUAUGUUGUGCUUUCUCUCCUCAGACACUGAGUUUUUUGUUUUAAUUCUGGAAAUACUAACGCAGUGUUUCUUUUCAUAGUAAAUACAAAUUCAUGCAAUUUCUCUGUUUAAUGACCUUGAAAUCAAUGGAUUUUGACUGUCAAAUGCUUAAAAAAGGGUCUGCCUGCUGUAACUACUAAAUGUUCAUCAGUACUUACAUAACCUAAACCAUUCUAAGUUGCCUAUUUUUUAGACCAGUAUCCUGUAUUUACUGGCGAAGCUUGAA